CAGUCCUGCAAAGCUACAAAGGUUGGGCUGGGCAAUAAACUAUCCCUAUAGCUACUCUUGACUUCAACUAAGAGGGUUCUCCGUCUCCUUCCAAGCACUUGCAACGUCCAGAAUGAACCCUCAGGUGAUCAUAAGUCAGCCCCAGGUCGUGGUGGUCCAGCAACAAAGCCCUCAGUGGCAAACAGAUUUACUUGACUGCUUUAGUGACUGUGGAGUAUGCCUCUGUGGGACCUUUUGCACCCUGUGUUUGGGAUGCCAAGUUGCUGCAGAUAUGGAUGAAUGUUGCCUCUGUGGACCAACCAUGGCAAUGAGGUCUCUCUACCGGACAAAAUAUGGCAUCCCGGGAUCCCUCUUGGGAGACUUCUGCGCUGUCAACUUCUGCCUCUCCUGUGCUCUUUGCCAGCUCAAGAGAGACAUCAAUAAGAGGAAAGACAUGGGGAUCUUCUAAAACAAAAAGAUUUGCCUUUCUUCCACAAGUCUGCAUCCUAUCCAAGUAUGUUUCAAUGUCAUCCUUCAUAAUCAAGUCAACCAUUGCUUUGAGCAAUACGUUAUUCUCUGAACCUGAUACACUGGCUGUUAUUACCAGGAAAGCAGUAUAGUCUUUAAACUAUAUAUGUGUGUGUAAUUUUGAUACUGGAAAUUGGUUGAGAGUGAAUAAAAAGUGCUGCUUACCUCACCUGUAAUGUUUCUUGAAAUCGAUACAUUGUGCACUCUAAGUAAAAGGCAAUAUUUCUUGA